AAAAAAAUUAAAAGACAGACGGAAACACCCACCACCCCACCCCAGCCUUCUUUCAGGUUGAGUUCUUGCAGCAAGCUAACGAAAGCAAACUCCUCCUCCUCUCCUCUCCGACCUUGAAUCUGAAUUCCUACCGUUGCUGUUGUCGUUGUUCCUAUAACUUAUUGAGGUAACACCAAAAAGCUUCUGUUUCUGACAAUGGAUGAAGAUUUAAGCGAUAAGGAAUCGUUGUUGGCUCGAAUUCAUCAGCUCGAAAAUGAACGUGAUGAAUUGCGCAAAGACAUUGAACAACUGUGUAUACAACAAGCUGGUCCAAGCUACCUUGUUGUGGCCACUAAGAUGCAUUUUCAAAGGACAGCUGGCUUGGAGCAGGAAAUUGAAAACUUGAAAAAGAAGCUAGCUGCUUGCACCAGAGAUAAUGUGAAUCUUCAAGAAGAGCUUUCGGAGGCUUACAGAAUCAAAGGCCAGUUGGCUGAUCUGCAUGGUGCAGAGGUUGCAAAGAAUGUGGAAGCAGAAAAGCAGCUUAAAUUUUUCCAAGGCUGUGUGGCUGCAGCUUUUGCUGAACGAGAUCAUUCAAUAAUGGAGGCUGAGAAGGCUAAGGAAAAAGAGGAGCUCAUGUCAAACAAAUUUUGUGAUAUAGAGAAGAGGUUAGAAGAACAAACUGCAGAUUGUUCUGAACAGAAGAAACUUAAUGAUAAACUGAAAAGUGAUUUAGCAAUGCAAGAAGAGAAGAUUGAAGCUUUCAAGAAGGUAAUCGAUAAAUUUUAUGAGAUCAGGCAGCAAAGCCCUGAGGGAUGUGAGAGUACAAGUUGGGACAGAAAAUGUGCAUGCCUUUUGCAUGAUCCUGCAGAAUGGUGGAGUUUUAAUGAUGCUUCAACAUCUAAAUAUAUUAGUGCAUUAGAGGAAGAGCUCGAGAGGACAAGGAAAUCUGUAGAUAAUCUUCAAAACAGGCUACGGAUGGGCUUGGAAAUUGAAAAUCAUUUAAAGAGGAGAGUUGGUGAAUUGGAAAAGAAAAAAAUCCUUACAAAUAAAAUGAUAAAACAUGAGAUUGCAGAAUUGCAUCAUUACCAUUCUCAGCAUAGAGUUCUCAUCAUGAAUUUACUCAACGAGGGAAAGGCUAGUAUCAAAUCCGUAAUUGAUGCUAUAGAGGAAAAUUGUAGGCAAAUUGAUGCAACCAGACUCCAAAGGCAUAAAUCUAGUAAUGCUGACCCCCAAUUGGUAUCCAAGAAUAGUGGUCCUGACUCGUCAGAGUUUGUGGCAGUUAGAGGAAACGAUUACUCUGAAGCCCUUGCACAUGCAUUGCAGGACAAGGUGUCAACAUUAUUGCUUCUUUCACAGCAGGAAGAAAGACAUUUACUUGACAGAAAUGUGAAUGCAGCUCUUGAAAGAAAAAUAGAAGAGCUUCACAGAAACUUACUGCAGGUUACCAAUGAAAAAGUAAAAGCUCUAAUGGAGUUUGCACAAUUGAAGCAGGAUUAUUAUCAGCUUAAAGAGAGAAUUGGUCAAGGGAGAAAUAGAGAAAAUUUGCCUGCAGAAAUUGGGGAUAGGAAAGUAGUUACUCAUGAAAGGGAUGGAAGGCUAAAAAGUUUGUUGAAGAAAACGUACUUGAGUCGUUGGGUUGCUAAUGUAGACUUUAGGGGACGUGAAGCUGCAAGUGGCCUAAAUGUCGAGGGGAAUCUAUCUGGUAAGAGGUUCGAUAGCAUGGAGUUUGCCAGAAUGAAAAUUGAAAUAGCAACACUUCAAGAAAGCAUGGGAAGUAUGGAGCAUCUGACUACUACAGUUCACAGGCUUCGUCUAUCCCUUUCAAAGGUCAAAGAGUUGGUGACUUCUGGAAGUACCACAUUUGCUAGCCUAUCAGAAACUGUCAACGACAUUAUUAACGAGGCAAAACUAGUGAAGACUGCACUUGGCAGCUCCCUACCGAUUAGUUGGUCAGCAGAUGAAGACGUUGAAUUCAAUGGUCAGAGUGUCCGCAAUGAGCCUGGUCAUGCUUACGGGGAGCCCAGCCAUGAGAAGAUAGAUUCUGUUUAUGCUGCUGGACUUGAGAUGGUGGAGCUCCUAAUACUUGCAGGGCAAAUAUUGAAAGACAACAUGAACAAAAAUGGCUCUCAACCGAAACAGCAGUGAUCUACUUUAACUUUGGUUAUGGUUCAUCAUGACUGGUUAGACGCCAAAGCAUAACUGUUGCCUUUGAACAGAUUGAUGCUAACGAGAGAGUCGGAUACACUGACGAUUCGUCAACAAGUAGAAAAUUAAACUCAGUCGUUGAGGGCCAAAUACAGGUUCAUGCAGCAUCUUGUCAUUGUACAUUUGUAACCGGUUUCAUUGUAAAUCUGAUUUCCUUUUGAGUGAUUAGGGAUUUCAGUCCUCCUGUGAACACACAUGGAUGUGUUCAUCUGUUGCUCCUGUACAGUUUGGGUGUAGCAAUAGCUGAACCAAGAUUUAUGGCACAAUGGUAUGAUGCCUCUACAUAUUAA